AUGGAAGACCAUGAUACUAGUAUAUCACAGGCCAGGAAAACGCUCGCGAACCCGUCGUUGAGCGAGGGUGAGCGGGCCGAGGCGCUUGAUAUUCUUGCGAACGGCCUUUUGGCGCGCGCCAAAGACUCUGUAGGCGCCGACGGCGACAGAGCGAGGAACGACGUUGAAGAAGCGGUGUAUCACCUCCGACUGGCUGCGCAUCUGCAACCGCAGUGUGUCAAGUCCCUCGGUGCCCUGGCGAAUGCGCUGUUUUGGCGUUAUGGAAAUGCGACGGGUAAACGGAGUGAUCUCGACGAAGCUGUGUUUUUGGGUAGGAAAGCUGUCGAGUUGGCAGUUGCGACGAGCCAUCCGGAUAUGCCUGCGCUGUGUUAUGACCUCGCGUUGUUCCUCGGGGCCCGGUACGUGCAGGACGGAGCGAAAGACGAUGCGAACGAAUGCGUGAAGCUCUAUAACCAAGCGCUCGAGGUGACCCCCUCUGUGCCGCCCGAUCCCAGAUGGCACGCGUUUCUCCGUGCCUUAGGUCAAUCCGUUCUCGCGCGAUACAAGACGAAGAGCGAUCAAGACGACCAACUUCAAGACCAGCUGGUUUCGAUCCGCAAGGCUGUUGUCGAGCUGCUCCCUCUGACGCACGACGCGCUCCCCGAAUGCCUCUUCGAGCUCGGCCACGCGCUGCAUAUCCGAUUCCAGCACCCGCCGCGCGGGUCGUCGAACGCGGACGAUCUGGACGAAUGUAUCGCGUGCUACAGGCGCUCGCUGGAUCUGCAGCCGAUGCUCCAUGUCGAUUUAGCCACCCGGCUCGACAUCCUCGCAGAACUGCUUCAAACCCGGUUCAUGAAAACACAGAAGAUGAAGGAUAUCGAGGACAGUAUGAUGCUGUGUAAACGCGCGGUGGAGGUGCGGCCUGCAGGCCACGCGGACCGCGCAGACUCGAUGAGGAACCUUGGGGAGGCGUUCCGCCUGCUAUUCAAGAGUGGAUGUCCGAAGGCCGGUGUGGAUUAUCUGCAUACAGCUAUCUUGUUGAAAAGGCUGUAUGUGGCAAUGCGACCGCCGUCGCAUCCGGGGAGGUCUGCUGCGAUGGUGGAGCUGGCUAAGUGCCUGGACAUUCGAUUCCACUUGACCAAAGAAAAAUGUGAUUUCACGGAGGCGGUUGUGCUGUACAGGCAGGCUGUCACUCUCACGUCCCCAGUACACCCAAAGUGGGCCGACCUGCUCAAAAACUUUGCUUUCACGCUGCUUGAUCGGUUUGAAGACAACGGGUUUACCGAGGAGAAGGAUGUCGAACAGGCCAUUGUGAUAGCGCGAGAAGCACUCCGGAUCCGCGUGGAAUCCGAGUCGUCGUACGAACUGUCGGAGUUCCUCAACCAGCUUGGCUACGCGCUGUUGGUGCGUAUGCAGCAUACACAUACAGGUCUCGAUGCGCUGGAAGAAUGCAUCGCUCUCCAUAGACGCGCAUUGCAACUUCGCCCUGAGCCUCACAUCGAGCGCGUUGGGUCUCUUUACAACUUGGCAGCGUCUUUGUUCAUCCGGUUCAAAAAUGGGGGGAAUAUAGAUGAUCUACACGAGGCUAUUUCCCUCUUUAGACCAGCGCUUCGGGACGAGGUUCAUAAAGUGGAAUUCAUAGGCACUUUUGAGGAACUUGCGGAUGCUUUGGAGGCGCGCUUCGCCAUCGAUAAUGUCCUUUAUAAAGAUGACAUUCGCGAAGCGGCUGAUUUGCGAAAGAGGGUUGAGCGUUUUGAUAACGACAGAUCGGAGCUGAUGGAUGAACGUCGGGCGCAAGCUGCGAGGCUUGCAGCGGAGGAGAAGAUAGUACAGGAACGUCGUGAACUUCAACAAGCUUAUCGCGACAAUGCUUUGCUCAAUCAUGUCUGCACUCCUAUUCUUUAG